UGCUUUGGGAGACACUCACCUGAGAUCAGAGAGUCAGCAUCAGUAUGCACUUGAACUGUGAUUGGAUCUUCUUUCCUUGAGCUCAAGCAAUUUAUGACCGCAAUGUUGAAUUUGCCAUGAUAAAAAAGAUUAAACCUUGGAAUUUCUCUUGCUGUUUUUCUUGGACUUCAUUGUGUAUACUGUGAAGAUGAAAGCUUUGCUUUGGGAGACACACCUGAGAUUGUAUAAUUCCGUCUCCAGGAAUCGCGUGCGAGUCUGCUCGCAGAGCCCACGCAGGGCGUCAGAUCUGGUUACACUUCCGAAAGAUUAAUCUAGUGCAGAGCAUGUGGCUUUGCCUGCUUCUGUGACAUGUACCAGAUGCUACUGCUCCGAGCCAAACAUCUUCUGCUUCAGUUUAUUGCUGGGAAGUAGAUGAUGCCUGCGACAAAUGAGAGAGUGUCCAUUUGAUCUCUCUCUCUCUCUCUCUCUGAGACUAAUGCACUUUCUUCUACCGCCUCACUUGCUCACAACGCUUGCUUACAGGGGAAGAAUGCUCUGCUGGGGAAUCUUUGGAAGGUGAUGGAGUUGGUGGGCUUGUUGGGAAAAAUCCCAAGUUCUUGACAGGAGAAGGAACGGGAGAAAGCAAAAUCUCACCUUUCUCACUAUUCUCUUCUUCUUCGUUCUGUUCCUCUCUCAGUCUCUCUCUCUCUCUGUGACGCGCACGCACGCACAUUCUUAUACGUGCGUGUGUAUAUAUAAAUAUAUCUUUUUCGUCUGUGGUUUCUUGCCACCGUCGAGGGGUUUGGGGAGUCGCGGAAGGCUUACCAUCGCGUGGGAGGAGAGGGGUUUGAGAGCUGACGGAGAAUGAGAGAAGGCUUCGAAGAUGGGCAAUUGCGGAACCAGAGAGGAGAAUGCCGUCGUCGCCGCUCACGCGCAAGUUCAGCAGCUUCAAAUGUUCCAAAUACCUGUUAAGAAUGCCCCUCCAGAGAAAAAACAUACUCGAACUCUCUCAGACAUAAGUGAUCCUUCGACCCCUCGACACAUUGAGGAUUCGAGAAACAUUGCAAUAUACACUGAUGUGAUUGCGUUCACAUUGUUCGAGCUUGAGACUAUUACAAAAAGCUUCCGGGCGGAUUAUGUUCUUGGUGAAGGAGGGUUUGGCACUGUCUACAAGGGCUAUAUAGACGAAAAUGUGAGAGUGGGUCUCAAAUCGCUUCCGGUUGCCGUCAAGGUCCUCGACAAGGAUGGUCACCAGGGACACAGAGAAUGGCUUACAGAGGUUAAUUUUCUAGGACAAUUGAGGCAUCCUAAUCUAGUGAAGUUGAUUGGAUACUGCUGCGAAGAUGAUCAUAGGCUGCUCGUCUACGAGUUCAUGUUCCGUGGAAGUCUGGAGAACCACUUGUUUCGAAAGACAGCGGCUCCACUAUCUUGGGCCACAAGAAUGUCAAUUGCACUUGGUGCUGCUAAAGGGCUAGCUUUCCUUCAUAAUGCUGAAAGACCUGUUAUUUAUCGAGAUUUUAAGACUUCAAAUAUUUUAUUGGACUCUGAUUACACAGCCAAGCUCUCCGAUUUUGGUCUUGCAAAGGCUGGUCCAGAGGGUGAUGAGACCCAUGUAUCGACAAGGGUAAUGGGAACCUAUGGCUAUGCUGCGCCCGAGUAUGUGAUGACAGGUCACUUGACAGCCAGGAGUGAUGUUUACAGCUUUGGAGUUGUCCUUCUCGAACUCUUGACAGGACGGCGAUCCGUGGACAAGACACGCCCAAGCAAGGAGCAGAGCUUGGUCGAUUGGGCUCGUCCCAAGCUCAACGACAAGAGGAAGCUGCUCCAAGUCCUCGACCCCAGGUUGGACGAUCAGUACUCGGUGAGAGCUGCCCAGAAGGCUUGUAGCCUGGCAUACUACUGCUUGAGCCACAACCCAAAAGCAAGGCCUCUUAUGAGCGACGUCGUGGAGACACUCCAGCCUCUGCAAGCGAGCAGCGGCAGCGAGAGCUCAUUUCAGGCACUCGGAAGUAGUGUGCUUCCCGAUCGCAGGGUGCACCACAGGCUUGCAGGAAGCAGCAUCAGCUGCAAGCCGACUCCGAAUGUGCAAUGUUCGCCAGGUGCUCUUCCAGCCUGCAGGGUCAAGUGAGUCUAUUGCUCUACUCUCUGGUUUGCAGAGGUCAUUGUAUAUGGACUAUCUUGUUGUGCUUGCUUGUGUGGGUUUUGCUUCUUCUUCCACUUUGUUUCCAUGUAAAUCUCAUCUCAUUACUGUCCUGUUUGCAAGAUCUUUACUCCUAAUCAGUGUUUUAUGUAUUUUAACUGAGCCAAACCUUGCCAAAUGGGCUAGGUUUGUUCUGGAAAUGAAAGCCAGUUGGAGCAGGAAGACCUGAAUUGUACUCUGAAA